AUGUCGACAGCACUUGCAAAAGCCCUUCAAGAAUGGAGGUUUCAGGAGAAAGAACUGCAGCAGCUUCAGGAGACCCAUCAGCUUUACCUGCAGAAGUUAGAGGAAGUCUCCAAACUUCAAAAGAGCUUUGCUGCCUCCAUCGCUCGACAGAAAAAGAAUUUAAAGGAGAAUUUAAAGGCUUUGAUUAAGUUUAAUAAAGGACUGACAGAAGAGGAGAAGAAUGAGGUUAAGGAGGCCAAAGAUCACAUCCGAAAUAUGCCGAGCCUAAUCUUUCAAAUGGAAGCAUUUCUUCCUAAGAAAAAUGGGAUUUAUCUCAGUCUUGUCCUUGGGAGUAUGAAUGUCAACCUUCCAAGCAAAGAGGCCAAAGCUGAAUACAAGGAUGAGUAUGAACGGUUCAAGCUGUAUGUGACUGUGACUUUGUUCCUGCUGACCUUCGCUUGUCGCUUCUUCAUCAGCUACAGAGUUGUGGAUGCCCUUCUUAACUUCCUGUUGGUUUGGUACUAUUGCACACUGACGAUUCGUGAAAGCAUUCUCAUCAGCAAUGGAUCCAGGAUUAAAGGCUGGUGGGUUUUCCACCACUACAUUUCCACCUUUCUGUCUGGAGUCAUGCUAACCUGGCCAGAUGGUGAAACAUACCAGUCUUUCAGGAACCAAUUUCUGGCCUAUUGUUUGUAUCAAAGCUUUGUGCAGUAUCUUCAGUACUACUAUCAAAGUGGGUGUCUCUACAGGCUAAAAGCACUGGGAGAAAGACACAACUUGGAUUUGACUGUUGAGGGCUUUCAGUCGUGGAUGUGGCGGGGACUGACAUUUCUUCUCCCCUUUCUCUUCCUGGGCCAUUUCUGGCAGCUCUGGAACAGUAUUUCUCUCUUCAGAAUGGCACAGAUGCCUGAAAGUAAAGAAUGGCAGGUGUCCAUGUGUGGCUUCUGCUUUCUGGUUCUGUUUGCGGGAAACUUUUUCACUUUACUUGCAGUCGUCCGUCACAAGCGCAAAAACCAGCAAAAGACCAAGAGUCUGUGA